AUGCCACAGCUAGACGCAAUUUACAUCUUCUGUAGCAACAAAUCCAGACAUCAAGAAUGGACUCGAAACUGGAAAAAAGUCAAAGGUGUACAUACAAACAUCGAUGAAGUCUGUCUGGCAUUGCAAUUGACUGUUAAGCAAUGCAAUCAGGACUCAAUUGCCGUAAGUUUUAUUACAGAAAAACAAAUGGCUUUAACUGAUAAUUUAAAUCAGUUGGAACCAACAUUUAUGUAUACUCAGAUAUUCAAGGAAAUUCUUCUUGAUAUGGAAUAUGGUAAACAAGCCAUCAAACAAUUUACUGCUUAUUGUCGAAACAAUAAUGCCAUGUAA